CGAUUGCGCCAUGCCCGCGCUGUGUUACCCCCCCUCCUGACAAGCCCCUCGCGACCGUCCCUGUCCGACCUUAUGGCCCGCUCCAUCUUCCUGACCAAUACGACCGUUGUGUCCCGCAAGCUCGCCCGUAGCCUGACCGCCAUCCGUCUUUCACGCCGGCUCGCCGUCCGACCGCCGCCCGAGGCCCUUGUAGCCAGGUCUGUCCUGCCGCCCGAGUGCGUGCCGGGUCAGACGAGAGGGAUUGCCCCGGCCCUGGUGGCCAAGACAAGGGCCGUCGAGAGGGAGAGAAUCAAGGACGGCCUAAGAAAGUGGGUGGGCAGCGUGUGGGAGCGUCGGUGGCGGGAAAAGGCCGAGGACCGGCGGAGAUGGGAGGAAAGGAGCGGCGUCGGGCGGGUGUGGAGGCUGAGGAGGUUUUGGGAGAGGGUUGGCCGGGGGGAGAUCGAGGCUAGGUAA